GCGUGCGUACCUUCUCCCAUCCCAUUAUCAAAUUUGGUUAGGAUUCAUUUCAGAUCUCACCAGAGAGAAGAGAAUAGAUGCAAUUGCAAGCUGGAAUCAUUAGUCUCUUCAAGACAUAAAUCUGUAUUUGAAGAGUUUAAUCAGAGAGACAAAACCUGAUCUUGUGCUAAAUUCCAAAGAAAAACCAAUAUACAAUUUUCUAGAGUAGUGGUCCUGAAGCUGGUCCUGUCCCUUUGGUGCUUCUUUGUACCAGUCUUCCAAGAGGCUCCUUCUUCUUUGCAAUGAUCCCUUUCAUUCUCUUUUGUCUCGUUGCUCAUUGUGCAUUUCUUUACUCCCAGUAAAAAGGGUUGUCACAAAAAAACACUUGACAACCUCAAACUCUCAACAAGACUUAGCCAAAGCCAAUUGCUUUGACAUUUUCCUAAUUUCUUCCUGUGUUCUCCCAUCCUCUUACUCUCACUUUGAUCUUCACUCUCCCUCUCUCUCUUUAUAUAUAUAAAAAUUGGUCCUCUAAGAUGGGUAAUGAAAACCAUUACCGCCAUCAGUUUUACUAUCAGAAAAGCACAUUCCUUCCAAUGCUUUGUUCAAGGCCUUCCAUCAAAGAGGUGACUCUACCUCGAUUCAGAGAUCCUUCUGCUUCUUCAGGCAACGACCCUUUGUCCCCAAGAAUCAGUUGCAUGGGUCAGGUGAAGAGAAACAACAAAAUUGCUGGCAUUCCACCCUCACAUAGACUCACUUUCACAACCAAAACCAACACAAACACAAACACUACCUCAUCCCCUAUUGUCAAAUACUCUAAACUCAAAAAACUCUUCUCUGGCAAGAACUUUAUUAUUAGCACCCCAAAAACCACCACAGCCACCACCACUAUCUCAAGCUGUAGAUCAAGGCAGCAACAAAUUUCAGAUGUGCCCAAAAACCAAAAGUGUCUUAAGAGUGAGAAUAGCAACAAUGUUGUUUGCAACAAAAGCAUUGAGGAAAUGGAUCCUCCUUUGCCUGUGGUCAAAAGAGUGUCCCCAUUGGAAGAAUCAAAAGAAUUGGAUAGUCUCUGGAAAAGAAGAUCGGGUAUGGGUAGGCCUGCACUCAAAAGUUUGCAGCUUCAACAGAUUCAAGAUCCAAGGAUUUGUUUUCAGCCUUCAACUGUUUGAUAGCUAUGGGAAUUGGGAACAAAAUCAACAGAUCCAGAAUUGUAUUUUCUUUUUAAUCAGAUUUUGUUACUUACAUUAGAUACAGUGUAAAUGGUUUUCUUUUCUAUUUUCAUUUUCUUGGCUUCCAGUUUCCUAGUGUUGCUUGCUUGCUUGAUUUCUUGGGGGCAUCUCACAUGGCGGCGAUGCAGAGUAUGGGUCAUGCUUGUGUGAAUACAUCAGUAAAUUGGUCAAAAAUUUAAUGCAUUUUAGUUAA